UCUCCACCCUCUCUGCCCGCGUUAAAUUUCCUGCAAGUUAGGAGAAGGAAGGAGACACAGAAGAGAGAGGGUUAAAAGAAAUCACAAGCAGGACACCCAGCCCUGCCCCUGGGAGGGCUCCCCAAGCCGGUGGUGCCCUGCAGCACCUGAGCAUAGAGAGCCGAGCAGGAGCCAGACAGUGGAGGGGAGUGGGUGGUGCAGGGCAGACGGCGGUAUAUCCAGUCUGACAGAGGGCGGGUCUCCUCAGAGCCAGGCGAGGGAGGAGGCAGCAAGUAGCAGCUGCCCGAAGCAGGUACGUCGUCGGGAUCCUCUAUGGACAUAGAGAGCCGCUGAGAGAGAUACGAAGCACCAGCUCGCGCCCUCCGCUGCCACUUCACCUCCUGCGCAGCACCUUCUUGCCGGUCUCUCCCCACGCCCAGACCCGCGCCUCCAGCCACCAUGACCCUGAACCACUCUCCGCUCAAGACCGCCCUGGCCUAUGAGUGCUUCCAGGACCAGGACAACUCCACGCUGGCUUUGCCGUCGGAUCAGAAGAUGAAGACCGGCACAUCGGGCAACCAGCGGGUGCAGGAGCAGGUGAUGAUGACGGUCAAGCGGCAGAAGCCCAAGUCCUCUCAGUCCUCCACCUUGACCCACUCCAACCGAGGUUCCAUGUAUGAUGGUUUGACUGACAAUUACAACUAUGGGACCACCAGCCGCAGUUCCUAUUACUCCAAAUUCCAGGCAGGCAAUGGCUCCUGGGGAUAUCCGAUCUACAAUGGGACCCUCAAGAGAGACACAGAUAAUAGGCGCUUCAGCUCCUACAGCCAGAUGGAGAACUGGAACCGUCAGUACAACCGAGGCAACUGUAACACCAUUGGCCCCGGCAGCGACAUCUACUUCCAGCAGAACAUCAAGGCCAGUCGGAGUGAGCCAGACCUGUACUGCGACCCCCGGGGGACCCUGCGGAAAGGCUACUCGGGCAACAAGAGCCACAAAACCAUCCAGAAUCGCUACAGCUUUUACAGCACCUGCAGCGGCCAGAAGCCUGUGAAGAAGUGCCCGGUGCGCCCUCCUUCCUGCACGUCCAAGCAGGAUCCCAUCUACAUUCCACCUAUCUCCUGCAAUAAGGACCUCUCCUUCGGCCACUCGAGGGCCAGCUCCAAGAUCUGCAGUGAAGACAUAGAGUGCAGUGGCUUGACUAUCCCCAAGGCUGUGCAGUUCCUGAGCUCUCAGGAUGAGAAGUACCAAGCUAUUGGGGCCUAUUACAUCCAGCACACCUGUUUCCAGGAUGAAUCUGCCAAGCAACAGGUAUACCAGUUGGGAGGAAUUUGCAAACUGGUGGCUCUCCUCCGGAGCCCCAAUCAAAACGUCCAGCAAGCUGCAGCUGGAGCCCUCCGCAACCUGGUCUUCAGGAGCUCCACUAACAAGCUGGAGACCAGGAGACAGAAUGGGAUCCCAGAGGCUGUGAACCUCCUGAGGAGGACCGGGAGCACUGAGAUCCAGAAGCAGCUCACUGGACUGCUCUGGAACCUGUCUUCCACUGAUGAGCUGAAGCAAGAACUCAUUAAUGAAGCCCUCCCUGUUCUGACUGAUCGGGUUAUCAUCCCCUUCUCUGGCUGGUGUGAUGGUAACAGCAACAUGUCCAGGGAAACAGUGGACCCAGAAGUUUUCUUCAAUGCAACUGGCUGUUUGAGGAACCUGAGCUCAGCUGAUGCUGGACGCCAGACUAUGCGUAAUUACCCGGGGCUGAUUGAUUCCCUUAUAACUUACGUCCAGAACUGUGUGGCAGCCAGUCGCUGUGAUGACAAGUCUGUGGAGAACUGCAUGUGUAUCCUGCAUAAUCUGUCUUACCGAUUGGACGCCGAAGUGCCCACCCGCUAUAGCCAGCUGGAGUAUAACACCCGCAAUACCUUUACUGACAAGUCCUCCACAGGCUGCUUCAGCAACAGGAAUGAAAAGAUGAUGAAUAACAAUUAUGACCUCCCUUUGCCUGAGGAGGAGACCAAACCCAAAGGAAGUAACUGGCUGUACCAUUCUGAUGCCAUUCGCACUUACCUGAACCUCAUGGGCAAGAGCAAGAAAGAUGCCACCCUGGAGGCUUGUGCUGGUGCCCUGCAGAACCUCACUGCUAGCAAAGGACUGAUGUCCAGUGGCAUGAGUCAAUUGAUUGGGCUGAAGGAAAAAGGUUUGCCUCAAAUUGCUCGCCUUCUGCAAUCAAGCAACUCCGAUGUGGUCAGGUCUGGAGCCUCCCUCCUGAGUAACAUGUCUCGACAUCCUGUGCUGCACAAAGCGAUGGGGAACCAAAUUUUCCCAGAGAUGACUCGUCUCCUUUCUAGCCAGACGGGCAACACCAGCAACUCAGGGGACAUCAUGUCAUCUGCUUGCUACACCAUGAGGAACCUGAUGACCUCGUUGCCCCAAAUGGCAAAGCAGCACUUCACCAGCAGCAUGCUGAACAAUGUGGUCAACAUGUGCCGGAGCGGUUCACCAAAAGCUGCAGAAGCUGCCCGACUCCUUCUCGCUGACAUGUGGUCAAACAAGGAGCUCCAGGGUGUCCUCAGACAGCAAGGUUUCGAUAGGAAUAUGCUGGGAUCCUUAACUGGAACCAAUGUCCUAAGGAACUUCAGCUCCCGGUUCUAAGAAGGGGACAUCAUCACAUGUUCAACUUGCAGAAAUGCAUUGACCCAACCAAGAAGACUGUAGGUCUUUCCAUAUGGGUUGGUCUGUUCACCCUUUGCAGUAUUUGGAAAAGUUAAAACUGAUUGAGAACAAAAUCUGAAAACUGUGGACAAUGGAGCUAUUUUUAAACAACCUUUUUUUCCCACCUUGGGGUUAUAGGCAAGGGAUUUGGGGGGUGGGAUGGGGUAGAAGUGGGAGGGAGCUUUCCUGAGUUAAAGGGGCUUUUAUCUGAUGUCAAUAAUUCUUUCUUCAAAAAAUGGUAUAUAUAUAUAAAUAUAAAUAUAUAUGUAAUGUAUGAUUGUAUGUGUGUGCAUGCAUGUUCGUGUGUGUAUGUAUGUAUGCCUGAAAGUGUGAGCAGAAAGAGAAGAUAAGUACCCAUUUUUACUACUGUGUGUAAAAGAUGGUGAAAAGGAUGCUUUUCUGUCUCACCUAUACACAGAUAUAAAAUGUAAUACUUUUGUGUUAGCUAUCUAUUAGCUUCUAAAAAGCAUUAAUAUUGGGCAGAAAAUUUGUUCCGCUUUUCCCUGCCUCCAUCAUAAUCAGAUCUGCAAGCUUCUGAAGACAGCCAUGGGAGGAGGGGGCCCAGAUCAGAGCUCCAUGUCUGGCCAGGCAGUCCAUCGCUUGACUUUGUCCCAGAUAGCUGAGGGAAGCCACUCACCACCUCAAGAGGAGGCUUUGGAUGGAGGGAGGUUAACUUCAGCCUUUAUCACUGAAAGACCAGACAAUGAACUAUUUCCUGAAAUUAUCUGUAUCUGACACCUCCAUGCCCUGUGUAUUAUUCUGUUCUCUUCUGUUUUGUUCUAUUCUGUUCUACAAGGGCCAGGUUUCUGCAGUCUGUGGGACUCUCAACAAUCACGAAGGGGGAUUGUUUUGGUUCGUGUUGUCUGAUGUCAGUGCAGGGGGUAAUGGGAGCUGAAGAGGUAGUUAUUACCAUCAUCAUAUGUUUAGGGCUGGGUUAGGUUGAGUGUCAUACAGAGAGUGAGGCCAGUGGAUACGGUCCCUGCCUUUGGGAAGUUUUCAAUCUAUGUGUUGCAAGAUGCAGAUGGGGAAAAUACUACUCAAAAGUCACACAAGAUGCUAAUCAGACCACAGCAGUUUCAGCCUGGAUCUGACAGUCAUGCUUGGAUGCAGCCUUCCAAAUAGAAUGGGUGGGAGAAGAUGGGGGUGGCUCUCAACGGACGCUGCAGCCAUCUAGAUAAGUCGAGCUGGAGGGAUGUUUGGGGUGAUGACUUCAAGUGAAGGGCAUUACUGACUCCCAAGAUCCAAGGACCCCUGAGAUGGGAUUCCAGAAAGGAGAAAAGGAGCCUGGCCACACUAGAAGAAGGGAACAAUGCAACCAGGGCAGCAAAGAAUCACAGCCCCAUUCAGAGGCCAUUUCAUCCACUCCUUUACUUCCAGUUAGCAUUGAGCUUCCAUACAAACUGACAUCUCACAAAUUCUGAAAGAUAGCUCACCUUCUCCACCUGCCAAGGAUGGCUAGCUGCCUCUGGUACCUUUGCCAAACACUUCUCUUUGCUGGCCAGCCCUUGCAUCCCAUCCAAAAAUGGAAUGGGCUGCUUUGGCAUGUAGUGGCUUCCCCAUCGCUGUUGGUCUUCAAGCAGAAGCUUCCCAUUCAUUUGGGGAUAUGCUUCAAAUUGGGGGUGGGGAGAAGUGGAAUAGAACUCUGAAGUCCAUUCUGUAUUCCUAUAUUUCUAUGUCAUAGCCUUGCCAGGUGAACAAAUGCCUUUGAUUGGACUGUAGUCCACUUGAAAAGCAGUAAAGUAGAAGAGCACUGGAUUUGGAGUCAGAGCUAAGCUCAAACCCUAGCUUUUCCACUCACUAGUUGCAUGACCUUGGUCAAAUUACCUAACUUCUCUGGGCCUCAGUUUCCUCAUCUGUAAAAUGAAGGGGUUGAAUUUAGAUGACCUCACAGGUUUCUUUCAACUCUAAAUCUGUGAUCCUACAAUCCAUAUUUAGUUGAAUGAGUUAUAGCUUGUUCUGCCAUAUGAGAUAGAUGGAAAAGGGAAGCUCGAUGCUCACUCAUUACUCCGUAAGGAUCAGCACUAGGUGGGAUUUCACCAGCUCCCCUCAGCUCUAGUCUUUCCCGGUCUGGCCUGGAGGACUAUGGUUCUGAUUAGGCAGGCCCAUCAGGAAUAGAAAGAGAAGGGAAAGGGAAAGGGAUGAAGCAUUUCUACGGCACCUACUGUGUGCCAGGCACUGUGCUGAGCACUUUACAAAUGUUAUCUCAUUUGAUCAACAGCCAAGUCACCAAACUCACACGCAUUUUAGAUAUUAGGCAGCUGAGUGACCCACCUAGAGCCUCAAGCAGAAAACCAUUCUAUGUGUGUAUAUACUGUAAGAUAAAGCCAGUGAUGGGUAUUAGAUAUUAAAACCUCCCUCAUGGCUCCAAUCUUUUAUUAAGAAAGGCUAAGUUGUCCCUCCACUUUCCCCUUCUCUGAGACCUUCUAUAUAGGCUUAGCUAUGCAUACUCCCCCCGCCUAAGCAGCCAGGGCCAAACACUGGUCCACGUGUAUUGAAUAUUUGGGAUGAUCAUAACAAUCAUUCAUUUUAAAUUGAUGAGAUAUUGGGAAAAGGGUGGGGAAGGAUAAAAUCAGAGACUUCGCCAAUAAAAUUUGACAUUGAAUUUUCACACUGAGUUGGUAGCCUUUAGCAAUCCCCUGCCAACCUGCAGGUCAAUUCUGCAUCACUACCCUCCUGCCCCCCUUCCUUCCUGGUGUAAUUCUUGAAAAUCUGAUCUUAGACUGGAUUUGACAUAGGUUUCAAGAUGACACCUCUUCCAAGCAUUCAAGACAAAAUGCAAAACCUUGUGCUGGGCAGUGGUGGAAGAUCAAGAGGAAAGCAAAGACAUUGUUCUUGCCCUCAGGAAGCUCCCCAGUUGUUGAGAUAACACACACACACACACACACACACACACACACACACACACACACCCUAAAAACACAGAUGCAGAGAUUGAGAAAUAUGGAAACAAUUUUGAGUAAACCUAAGGCAGACAUAUCCAUCCCCUGGCUGUAUUCUUGAAAUUCCCUUUUUACAUCACUGCCCUGGGAAAGAUAGUAACCACAAAGGUCCAUUUAGCUUCUCCCUGAGCAGAGGUCUGGUUCCUGGCUCCCCCUCCCUUUGCCCUGUUUAAUAGCGCUUAGUAAAAUACAGAAAACAGAGAGGGCAAAAGAAAAAAAUGCUAGCCAUAGGAGGCCUGUCUGUGUGAUGGCUGCUGCUUUGGUUGAGGACAUUCCUGGGGAAGGGGUUAAGGUUCAUAGUGGGCAGAUCACUUUCCUUCUAUGGGCUUUACUUUCUUCUUCUCUAAAAUAGAAGGUGUAGAGGAGUAGAGUGGGGAAGCAAAUGGUGGGAAUGGCGCAAUUCUAAAUCACAUGAAUCCAGGGGUUCCCGGAAUUGCUUUCUGAGAAGGAAGGUACCUACCCUUCCAUUCUGGGUCUUUAUUUGGCAUUUUGUGGUAAAAUUAUCACCAUAUCGACAACAUUCUCACUAAGCAAGACCCUCUUGGCAUUGCUCUUCUUUGAGACAAGCUCUAGGAUAGAGACCUUCACUAACCUCUUCUUCCCCACCUCUAUACCUUCUGCCAGACUUUCACCUUGACAGCCCUUGGGAAUUUAAAUUGUCCCUGCGUGGAGGACUGAUUCCAAGCUUAGGUUUCCCACUGGGGAAGCAGAGAGAUUGUGUACACUUCCAUUUUUCCCUUAAAGACUUGAUAGGCUAGCAACACACUUCCUACUUUAGUUGUGUGUUGUGAGAUGAAGAAGGGAUGUAGGUGACCUGGGGUGUCUCUGGAUGUUCUGUGGAAAAUUUUGAGGCAGCUUUUGUUCUACUGCUCCUGGACACAGCUGGCUGUGGCAAUACCCUGUUCCCAAACUAAGCCAUGUGAAUUUCUUGUGUGAGGACCAUGUGGUUUCUCUGUAUGACGCUCUAUGUAUUUGCUUUUUUAAAAAAAAAUAGGAAAUCAAUAAACUUCUGGAGUUUCUUUGAA